CCGGGCUCGUUUGUUGUGUGGGCGGUGUCCGUCCCUCAUGACUUGUUCCCUCCAUUUCUUCAACACCAUCCAACCAUCAUCGCAACCGCUCCAAGUGUCAAUUGACUAGACACAAAGCCUUGGACACACAAAACCUGGAUUAUUGAGACUAUAGAAACGCGCAAUGGCAUCCGUGCGAGUCCAGACCGCCCCGGGAGCGGACCUCGGCGGCUUCACAAAGGCUGGUGCGCAAGUGCAAGUUUGCCAGAUCGAGAUCGAGUCGGAAUUUCCUACGAAUGGGCGUUACUUGAUGCAAUCUCCCUACGCAGAGCAAGACCAUUUGCUUGACUUGACAACGCUGGACAACGAGAAUGCGCUCGUGGCGAAGGCCUUGACUCGACUGCAAGUUCUGCGCGAGGACUAUGCCACAGCGCCGUAUCUCGAGUCUUUCAACUGGGCGGAAGUCAUUUCGGAAGUAAAGCGCCUUGCCACCGAAUCUGGCAAGGGCUUCAAGGAGACAUCGUUUUAUAUCGUCGCCUUCCGGUCACAAAUCAAGACGAGCACAGAGUAUGCCGAUCUCGGUCGCCUGGACCAGGCCGCCCACGCCGAGGCCAUUGCCAGCGGUGGUUUCCUCAAGUACUGGUUUGGCGAGCCGGACUCGGAUCUUCGGAACUUGGCGACCUGCAUAUGGAGGUCGAGACAGGACGCCAGGAAUGGGGGCCGAGGCCCAGCGCAUCGAGAAGCCGCGGGAGCGACUCGCUCCAUGUAUGCGUUCUGGAAAAUCGACCAACAUCGUCUAAUCAUCCGCGAUGACGUGGAAUCAUGGAAGAUUAUCCCUUGGGAGGAGUGAAUUCCGAGGCUCUGAGACAGAUGCAUAACAUCCAAGCUAACCUCAGAAAGAGUUGAGGGAUCGAUGUAUCAUUCUGCUUUGGCGUUUGCGCCGAAGCCCGGUAUCGACAUGAGGGUGGCCAAGCCCAUGCACAAGGUUCGAUACCAAACAUUGUCUGGACUCUGUUGAAUACGAGGACUCAGGAUUGGAGGAACCCCAAGUCUCCGAAUCUCCCGGUUAGGGUUGAUGGGGAGGUCAUAGAGAUGCGUGAGGGCAAGUUUGUUUUGGUAAUAAGGGAGAGUUAUGAGUUACGCGGAAAAAAAAAUAGGACAUAGACAAGAUAAAGGAGUUUAU